AGUUUUUAGUGACAUAACCCUAAAAUUUACAAAGAUUUAAUACAAAAAAAUACAGUAAAAAUUAGAAAAUUUUAUUAAAUUUAUAAAACAAAAGAAAUAUGUCAGCUAACAAAUACACAGACUUAGUAAAGCUGGGAACCCAAUAUGCUAGGCGCAUGAAUUAUUUGUCAAAUCGUAUAUUUGGUGAAGUGGCACGCACAACCAACGAUAAAUCCAUGAAGGUAAUUCGUAUGUUUAGUGAGGAGCCAGUGCAUAAACGUGACUAUGUAGUGAAUUGGUAUCCCCGUCAUGUAGAAACCCAUUUGCUAAUGAUGAAUCUUAGGCAAUAUGGUUUAUUCCGUGAUGAGCAUCAAGAUUUCAAAGAAGAAAUGAAACGUUUGCGUAAAUUGAGAGGUAAAGCACCACCCAAGAAGGGUGAAGGCAAACGUUCCAAGAAAUAAAGUAACACUUAUUUUAAUCAUUAAAACUAUCUUUAUUUUUAUCAUGUUUAUUAUUGUUUAACAAUAAUAAUUUAGCCAGACCUUUAAAAACAA